CUCCGCCCCGUGGGAAAGGAGCCGUGGAUUUUCCCACGCGCGGGUGCCGCGGUCCUGUCCGAGGGGUCCGGGAGGGUCCGGGAGAAGAAGCCCAGGUUACUGGCUGGCGUCCUCUCUUUCCCUCCGUGUCUUUCUCUCCCUCCCCACCUAGAAGAAAUAAAUUAGCAUCAGAGCAAGCAGAUCAGAGCAAGAACAUUUGAGAGGACUUGAUGGAAGCUGUGCUGGAACACAGAUCCAAGAUGGAAGAACAAAACUCAGCUGGCCCCAUAGCAGGAAGAGACCCUGAUACCAUCCAUGCUGAAAGCAGCAGGGAAUUCUGGGGGGGAACUUUGCAGAAGGUCCUGGGAGAGGACACCACCAGCUCAGAUGCACAGCACCAGCGCUUCAGGCAGUUCUGCUACCGGGAGGCUGAGGGGCCCCGAGAAGUUUGCAGCCAACUCUACCGUCUUUGCUGCCAGUGGCUGAAGCCAGAGAAACACACCAAAGCUCAGAUCCUGGACCUGGUGAUCCUGGAGCAGUUCCUGGCCAUCCUACCCCCAGAGAUGGAGAGAUGGAUUAGAGAAUGUAGAGUGGAGACCAGUUCCCAGGCAGUGGCCCUGGCAGAAGGUUUUCUCUUGAGUCAGGCAGGGGACAUAAAGCAGGAAGAACAGCUGGCAAGAGUGUCUGUUUCAUCCUUGACGCUCCAAGGGGCAGAGAAGGGAAUGUUAGCCAAAGUGGCCACCAGUUUCCAUGCGGCAGAGAAGGCUCCAUCCUGUGCCAAGCCACAGCCCAUGUUCAAGUGGAUCGUGCAGGAGGAUGAGAGAGAAGCCGCCUCUCUAGGCAGUGGAAUGACCCUGGUGCUUCAUCCAAGGCCCCCUCCCCCUCGUGCUGGGAUGGAAGCGGUUGCUGUGGCAUCCCCAGAGCAGAGUCCGGUGACCUGGGAAGAGGUAGCCGUGUACUUCGCGGAGGAGGAGUGGGCUCUGCUGGAUGCGGACCAAAAGGCUCUGCACGGAGAAGUCAUGGAGGAGAAUUCUGGGCAUCUGGCCUCCCUGGAAGGACUUUCGAAUUCCAAACCUGACCUCCUCUCCUGGCUGGAAGAAAAGAGCUUUGACAAAGGCGAGAGAUCUUCAGGUGAUGGGAGAGAGAAGGAGAAAAAGGAUGAAGAGCAGAGGAAGAAAACUGAAGCCAAUCAAAAGGUGAGAAAGGAAGCCCUUAUUCCUGGUGGGGCUGAUUUCCAUGAAGUUCCAGUCCAGCAAGACCACAAAGCGAACAGCAGGAAUGAAUUAACUCCAUGUGCAAAAACCUUAGCCAGUAAACCAAACCUUAGCACACCUCAAAGGACUCCAGCAGGGGAGACACUGUAUAUAUGCACUGAGUGUGGAAAGAGUUUCAGCCACAGCUCAAGUCUUGCUUAUCAUCAAAGAACCCACACAGGAGAGAAGCCGUUUAAAUGUUCAGAGUGUGGAAAGAGCUUCAGUCAGAAGAUAAACCUUACAAGGCAUCAGAGAAUCCACACAGGGGAGAAGCCCUAUACAUGCUCAGAGUGUGGAAAGAGCUUCAGUCUCAGCAUCACCCUCACUUCACAUUACAGAAUCCACACAGGGGAGAAGCCGUAUAAAUGUUCAGAGUGUGGAAAGAGCUUUAGUCAAAAGACACACCUUACUAGACAUCAAAGAGUCCACACAGGGGAGAAACCACAUAAGUGCUCGGUGUGUGGGAAGAGCUUCAGUCUCAGGAUCACUCUUACUUCACAUUACAGAAUCCACACAGGUGAGAAGCCAUUUACAUGCCUAGUGUGUGGAAAGAGCUUCAGGCAGAACUCAGACCUUACUGAACAUCAAAGAAUUCACACAGGGGAGAAGCCCUAUACCUGCCUGGUGUGUGGAAAGAGCUUCAGCCAGAGUUCAAACCUGAAUGAACAUCAAAGAAUCCACACAGGAGAGAAACCAUAUACCUGUUUGGAGUGUGGAAAGAGCUUCAGCCAGAGCUCCAGCCUUACUUGCCAUCAAAGAACCCACACAGGGGAGAAACCAUAUCAAUGCUCUGAGUGUGGAAAAAGCUUCAGCCAGAGCUCAAGCCUUACUUACCAUCAGAGAAUCCACACAGGAGAAAAACCAUGUAAAUGCUCAGAGUGUGGAAAGAGCUUCAGUCAGAAGAUAAACCUUACAAGGCAUCAAAGAAUCCAUGCAGGAAAGCAUCCGUAUAUAUGCUCAGAGUGUGGAAAGAGUUACAGCCACAGCUCAAGUCUUGCUUACCAUCAAAGAACCCACACAGGAGAGAAGCCAUUUAAAUGUUCAGAGUGUGGAAAGAGCUUCAGUCAGAAGGUAAACCUUACACAGCAUCAGAGAAUCCACACAGGGGAGAAGCCUUAUAAAUGUUCAGAGUGUGGAAAGAGCUUUUCUCGGAAGAUCCAUCUUACUAGUCAUCAAAGUGUCCACACAGGAGAGAAACCAUAUAAGUGCUCGGUGUGUGGAAAGAGCUUCACACUCAGUUUCCUUCUUACUUCACAUUUUAGAACACACACAGGGGAGAAGCCAUUUACAUGCUUAGUGUGUGGAAAGAGCUUUGGACAGAAUUCAGACCUCACUCAACACCAAAGAAUUCACACAGGGGAGAAACCCUAUACCUGCUUGGUGUGUGGAAAGAGCUUCAGACUGAGUUCAAACCUGAAUCAACAUCAAAGAGUCCAUGCAGGAGAGAAACCCUAUACAUGUCUGGAAUGUGGAAAGAGCUUCAGCCACAGCACCAGCCUUACUUGCCAUCAAAAAACCCACACAGCAGAGAAACCUCAUCAGUGCUCAGAGUGUGGGAAGAGUUUCCGCCACAGCUCAAGUCUUACUUACCAUCAAAGAACUCACACAGGAGAGAAGCCGUUUAAAUGUUCGGAGUGUGGAAAGAGCUUCAGUCAGAAGGUAACCCUUGAACGACAUCAGAGAAUCCACACAGGGGAAAAGCCAUAUACAUGCUCAGAGUGUGGAAAGAGCUUCAAGCUCAGCAUUACCCUCACUUUACAUUACAGAAUCCACACAGGGGAGAAGCCAUAUAAAUGUUCAGAGUGUGGAAAGAGCUUUUCUCAGAAGAUACAGCUUACUAGUCAUCAAAGUGUUCACACAGGGGAGAAACCAUAUAAGUGCUCGGUGUGUGGGAAGAGCUUCAGUCUCAGUUUCCUUCUUACUUCACAUUACAGAAUGCACACAGGGGAGAAGCCAUUUACAUGCCUAGUGUGUGGAAAGAGCUUCGGGCAGAAUUCAGACCUUAUUCAACACCAAAGAAUUCACACAGGGGAGAAACCCUAUACCUGCUUGGUGUGUGGAAAGAGCUUCAGACAGAGUUCAAACCUGAAUCAACAUCAAAGAGUCCACACAGGAGAGAAACCCUAUACAUGUCUGGAAUGUGGAAAGAGCUUCAGCCAGAGCUCCAGCCUUACUUGCCAUCAAGAAACCCACACAGUGGAGAAACCGCAUCAAUGCUUGGAGUGUGGAAAUAGCUUCCGUCAGAAGAAAAACCUUACAAGACAUCAAAAAAUCCAUGCAGGAAGGCAUCCUAUGAAUAACAGGAAUGACUGGAGUGUGGAAACAAGUUGUGAUGGACCACAGAUCUUAGGAACAUAGGAAGCUGCCUUAUACCAAGUCAGACCAUUGGUCCAUCUAGCUCAGUACCAGCGGCUUCUCCAAGGUUGCAGACCGGAGUCUCUUUCAGCCCUAUCUUGGAGAAGCCAGGUUAGGAACUAGGUCCCUUCUGAAUGCAAGCAAGCAAGUGCUCUUCCCAGAGCGGCUCCAUCCCAUAAGGGGAAUAUCUUACAGUGCUCACAUGCAGUCUCCCAUUCAAAUACAAACCAGGGUGGACCCUGCUUAGCUAAGGGGACAAUGCAUGCUUGCCACCACAAGAGCAGCUCUCCUCCCACAGACCAGCUCUCUCUUUUUCUCCACACUCCUACAGACCUUCAUACCCAACAAUUCACCCAUAGGCAACGCCUCAGAAGAGGGAAGCUUGAUCAGACUUUUAGUACAAAAAGAGAAUCCGUACAGUGGAAAAUAAUCUAAAAAUGCUCAUCGUCUGGCAGAUACUUCUAAUGACAUCAGAGCUAUAUUAUGCAUGAGAUUAUUCGUGAGUGUUAGAAAGAAACUGUUCCUGAGCAUCUGAGUAUUCCUGUGGCUAGCUCCCCUUCACGGAGCACGGUUUUUCUGCCGGCAGCCAUAUUUGCCUUCACAGGGAUGCAUUUGUAUCUGUAGCUCCUAUUGCAAAAGCAGAAUGCCUUAUGAUAUGUCCAGUCCUUGUUAGCUCUUUCCUAGCCAUAAACCUUCAUUUCAUCUGACAUCGUUCAAUUAGUCAUUCAUGCAGUUCAUUCAUGCAGUUCAUUCAUGCUCCCCACUGACUCAACUGAUGAAACUCUCCAGAGGCUGUGCUACAGAUUUUAUUUCUUUUUUGGAGGGUCGAGGAAGGGAUAUUUAUGGGGCUUUGUGAUGUAAAAAGUAACACCAGAAUCGUAGAAUGUUAGAAUCAUAGAAUGUUACGGUUGGGAGGGACCUUGGGAUUGUUCUUGUCCAGCCCCCUGCCCAGUGGAGGAAACCACUAAAGCAUCCCUUCAGCAUUUUGUGUUUUCUGAACUACUAAGAAACCAGGCCACCUGGCCCGAUCCCUGCCCCUGGUCAGGUAGUAACACGAUCGUUGUGAUUUUGUGUUGAACUCUCUUGUUUGUUCUCUCUCUCUCUCAUUUUAGCUGUAGAUACUGAUUCCUUAAUAAAUCUUAUUUUACUUUUCUAUUA